GCGCAGCAGGAAGCAGGAGGGAGGUGCCAUGUUGAGGCCCGCUGCAGAGAUCUUCACCCUGCGCUGUAAGAGAGAAAACUUUCUGUGAAGCACAGCCCUCUAUGAAAGAUCAAAAUACCUCACCUUUGUCCAGGAUCAAAGCAUAUGCAUGGACUAAUUACCAACAGAGCACUUUGUUUCAAAAUGUCUGAGCAGAAGAACAUUGUACACAGAGCCCAUUGUAUUGAAAAACUACUGUCUGAGAACAGUUUCCAAGAUAUUGAAUAUCAUCUUAAAGAACUUGAAGAUGUUGAUAUGACUACAGAGUAUCUUCAGGGGACAGGAGUUGCCAAGGCUGUAUAUAGAGUACUCAAGAGCUGCCCUUCAGCAGAGUUAAAAAAGAAAGCAAAGCAGUUACUGUCAAGGUGGAAAGCACUUUACAAGAGUAACUCUGUUGAAUCGAUCCAAGUUAAAAAGUCAGAUUUUGUGUGUGUGAAAAAGGAAAUUGAGUAUCUUAGCGAGGUUCCUAGAGAACAAUCACUGUCCGAAGAACCAUGUCAGCAGGAGGCAUUAGAUGCUACUAGUUCUAAAAUGUUGAUCCCAUCACAAGCUGUUAAAAAUGUAGUACAUAAUGAGGCAGAAGGCAGCAUGAAUCAGCUUUCUUCUUUUGAGGAACAUCACACUGAUAAUGAUUCUAAACUUCUUCCUAACCAAGCAAGUCUGCAGCAGGAUCCAAUGAGAGCUCUGAGGUGUAAAUGUACAGAUCUUCUUUAUAAAUCUUUGGCUGGUUCUGCCAAAGACGAAGAAACUGAUAAAUGGCUAGAGCUUGCUAAAGAAAUAGAAAAAUGUAUUUUUGAUCUUCAUGCUAAAAGUGACAAAAAGUAUAAAAAUUGCAUCAGAAGCAAAAUUGCUAACCUGAAGAACCCUAAAAGUUGCCACUUAAAACGUAACCUUUCUUCAGGGACUUUGACUCCAAAGGCGUUUGCCGAGAUGACAGUGAUGGAAAUGGCCAGCGAUGAACUGAAACAGCUGAGGGCUCUGUACAGUGAAUCAUCUCUUCAGGAACAUCAGCUUCCACAAGUUAUUAAUGGCACACAGACAAACAAAAUAAAGUGUAGGCGUUGUGAAAAAUUUGAUUGCACAGUCACUAUGAUCACCAGAGGAACUCUCUUUCUUCCAGGUUGGGUGAGAAACACAAAUCCAGAUGAACAAAUGUUGACUUACGUUAUUUGCAAUGAAUGUGGAGAACAGUGGUAUCACAGCAGAUGGUUUUGUUUAUAACGCCAUCCCUCUUUAAUAAGCAGUUUAGAACCACAUAUGAGAUGGGAUUUCAGUUUAAACUGUAGUUUAGAUUGUUUUUAUUGGUACUAUGUAGAUACUGCAAGUAAAAAGAGAAAAAACAGGUUUUAAAAAUUGCUAAGUUAUAGUUGAAGAUGACUUGAAUAAAUCUAUGUGGUUUUAAGUAAUGUCAAUAUGUAAAGAAAUGAAGGGAAAAAAUGGUAA